AGAGGAGGGUGGGGAAGGGGCGAAUUAUUGUCGACUGCACAGUGAGUGUAUACACAGUGGAAACGUAAACAUUGUAAACAUGGCCUCAAUCGAGAAAACCACGACGCAAUUAGCCCCUCAGCCCAUUGUUAAAAUUGGGCACUACACGUUGGGCCAAACCCUAGGUGUUGGUACCUUCGGCAAAGUGAAAAUUGGAGAACAUCAAUUAACAAAGCAUAAAGUUGCUGUAAAGAUUUUGAAUAGGCAAAAGAUCAAAAGUCUAGAUGUUGUUGGUAAAAUUCGCAGAGAAAUUCAGAAUUUAAAGCUUUUUAGACAUCCUCAUAUCAUCAAACUCUACCAGGUGAUAAGUACACCCACUGAUAUAUUUAUGAUUAUGGAAUAUGUCUCUGGCGGAGAACUUUUUGAUUAUAUUGUCAAACAUGGCAAGCUAAAGGAACAUGAAGCCCGAAGAUUUUUCCAACAGAUUAUUUCUGGUGUGGAUUAUUGUCACAGGCAUAUGAUAGUACACAGGGACUUGAAACCAGAAAAUCUGCUACUAGAUCAAAAUCUGCAUGUGAAGAUUGCUGACUUUGGUCUGAGUAAUAUGAUGAUGGAUGGAGAAUUUCUCCGAACAAGUUGUGGCUCACCAAAUUAUGCUGCUCCUGAAGUUAUCUCUGGAAAACUCUAUGCUGGUCCUGAAGUUGAUAUUUGGUCUUGUGGUGUUAUUUUGUAUGCUCUUCUUUGUGGAACUUUGCCAUUUGAUGAUGAGCAUGUGCCAACUUUGUUUCGUAAAAUUAAAUCUGGAAUAUUCCCUAUCCCGGACUACCUCAAUAAAUCUGUUGUCAGUCUAUUGUGCCAUAUGAUGCAUAUAGACCCCAUGAAGAGAGCAACAAUUGAAGACAUAAAGAAGCAUGAAUGGUUCCAGAAAGACCUACCUGCAUAUUUAUUUCCCUCCCCAGUGGAACAGGAUUCAUCUGUAAUUGAUACGGAGGCAAUAACUGAAGUUUGCGAGAAAUUUGCUGUGAAAGAGUGUGAAGUACACAAUGCACUUCUUAGUGGAGAUCCACAUGAUCAAUUGGGCAUUGCAUAUCAUCUUGUGAUUGACAAUAAGCGUAUUGCUGAUGAGGCAGCAAAAGCUGAACUUAAAGAUUUUUAUGUCGCCAGUAGUCCACCACCUGUGCAAUUUGAAUUCAGUCCAUCUCCUGUUCGUCCACACCCUGAGAGGAUUGCACCUACUUUCCGGAGUCGGGUUCCUAGUAUAGACAGAAGUUCUCAGGGGGAUGCAGCAAUCCGGUCUGCUCCUGUCAAAAGGGCAAAAUGGCAUUUAGGUAUACGCUCUCAAAGCAAGCCAAAUGAUAUAAUGAAUGAAGUUUAUCGAGCAAUGAAGGUUCUAAAUUUUGAGUGGAAAGUAAUAAAUGCUUACCAUGUAAGAGUGAGACAGAUGUCAGUGAGCAAUCCAGAGAAGUACAUCAAGAUGUCUUUACAAUUGUACCAAGUGGAUUACAAAAGUUACCUUUUAGAUUUCAAAAGUCUUAGCUCAGAUGAGCCUGAAUGCAACUUGGCUGAUACAAGCUCUGUAGCACCAACCCAAAGUACAGGUCAUCACACCAUGGAAUUCUUUGAAAUGUGUGCUGCACUUAUCACCCAGUUGGCUCGUUAAUAGUGCAAGUUGCUUUGUUGCGGGAUAAACAUAUUCUUAAUUUUAUGGUAUGACAAAAUGAAAUAUUUUCUAUUGGAAAUUUUCGCUUUUAAAGCUCAGUGAUAUGUGUUUGCCUGUAAAGUUAUGAAAAUGUUAUAUUCAAGUUGAUCUUGUGUGUUAUUGAGUCACUGAGCAAAUUUCCUUUUCAUGGAAAUUUAGCAUUUAUCCAUGUUACAUUUAUGUUUCUGAAACCAAAGAAACAUUUUUUGGGGGGGGUACUUUUGCUCCAAUUGGUAUGAAUGAGCAGCUUGUGAGACUUGUGAUAUCAAACCUUCUCCAUGCAUGCAGUAAAGAAAUAAAAUGUCCACCAUAGUAAGUGAUAUUUUCAUCAAAAAAAUGUGUUAAUCCUACAAAGUAUUUCAUGUGCAAUUUGUCUUGAGGAAGUAUAGAACGUUCAUUUUGUAUUUCAUGGUUUGAGAGGUCAUUUGUCAAAGUAGGUACUGUGUGCGUAAGGUGAACAACUUCCUAAUGUGCAAGCAAGCAGUUGAGAUGCUUCUAACUUUUCAUGUCUCCUAUAGUGGUACUUCCAUUAUUUCGACUAUUUGACAACUUUUAAAACUGUAUUUACGGUCCUAAGAAGUGUCCUGAAGUAUGUAUAAGUUAGAUAUAUACUUUAUCUCUAUUUCCUUUCGUUUUUUGUUGUUGUUUUUUUGUAAUUUGAAUCCAAAUUUAAGUUUUUUAUCUUGAGUGGGCUGUCACAUGAGAAAAUACUAAAUUAUAAAUUUUUGCCCAUCUCAAUAAAAUAGCCUGGAUACAAUUGACAAGAAAAAAUAAAA